AUAAACUUAAUAUAUCUGGCUUCGCACUGGAAAUAGGAGUAGUGCAAGUAGAAAGCCCAUUAGAUAAAUUGUCAUCUUAAUAAAAUCAGUCCUUAUCAUAUUAAUAGCACGUGUUUAUAAUGCUGUGCGUUUUAGGAGACAUUAAAGCAUCAGUAACGAUGUCAGUUUGUUGACAGUGAGCUGUCAUUUUCCCGCAGCUAGCUCAUUUAGCCUAGCAUGAGACUGAGAGGGCGGUGUAAACCUAAAGAUCCAUUGAUCUGCAUUAUAAACGAUUUCAGGUUUUCUGGAAUCAGCCUUAACUGAACACCAGGGUCAAAUCUGUGACAUGAUUGUAGGUUAGAUGUGAAGAAACAUCACUGCAGCACAAUGUCUGCUCUGGUGGUUGCCAUAUUAGUAUUUCUGGCUCUAGCUGUUUUAUUUAUUGCAAUCUUUAGAUGGUUUGUCCGCAGUCUGGCUGUACGGUUUUUCAACAAUGUCCUGAAUGCAGAGCUCAAGAUUAAAUCUGUGGGUUUGUUCUCAGUGCGAGGAAUCAGUGUUCAGUUUCAGCCUCAACAUACUCUUGAGAUUGACAAGAUAUGGAUUUCUUGUAAAAUAGUUAACCCGGAUCUGCCGAGGUUCUUGGCAUUGUGUGUGGGUGAGGCCCGGGUCCGAUUUGACCUUCAGGAGCCCUUCAGGCCUCGAGCAUCCAGAAUCAGAGAUGAAAAUUCAACGAGAUUGCCUGUCAGUCCGUCUACCCUGCAUUUCUUGUCUCAGCUGUUUUCUUUUCACAUCGACUCCAUUAACGUGAUGGUGUUGAAUCUGGUCCUGUCUGAGUCUCUCUGGCACAUGACUUCCUCUGCCAUCACUUUGCUGCUGGAUCAUCAAAGUAAAAGAUUGGCCUGGGAUUUCUCAGUGGGACAGCUUAGCAGCAAAGUUUUGAAGAGCAGCAGACUGCAGGAUACAUGUCUGGCUGAAGUGUCCCUGAGUUUGGCUCUGAAUGGUGACGUAAGUUUGCCUGAUCUGAGGCCAGGCUGGCUGGGACUGAAUGUGAGAACCCUCCUGGCUGAGCUUCAUGAAGGCCUGUUCCUCAGCCAGUUAUCCAUACCUCAAGAAACUACCCCACCAGACUGCACCAGUCACACAUCAGACGAUAAAGAGGACUCGUAUAUCCAACAUGGGGUAAUUGAGAACCUUCACAAACUGGUUCCACAGAAGGUCAAAGUUGAUUUUGAAAAUACUAACAUCACACUGUCCAUGCACAGUCAGAAGAGACAUUUAAAUUGGACUUUAAAGUCUCUGAAGGUGGGCUAUGAUCGUGAUGAUGAGCAGCUUCCUCUGAAGAGCAUCACACCUGAGUUCAGUUUCCCUCAGAGCCACCUGGAGCUUCUGCUGGAGGAUGGUCUUCUGCUGUCACAAAGCAGACAAAGAAUUAUAUGCCUCAACGCCCUAAAAACUAUACUACAGGUGACUUCUGUUGACAUAUCCAGCACAGUCACCAUCAACACGUGCAUCAUCCACUAUCGUCACCAGGAGUUCUCUCAUUGGCUGGACAUGCUGCCAUGGGACCAUCUCUCCAACAAAAAAGCAGGGCGUAGAAAAAAGCGUUUCCCUCAGCUGGAUGUGCCUGUGAUGAUAAGCUCCACAGUGUCCAAUGUGAAUGUGUCCGUGCAGUUGGGAGAUACGCCACCUUUUGCAGUGGGCUUCAUCUCAGCCAACACUGAACUUCAGCACUUGUUGGACUGUCACCAAGAAGAGGAUGUCGUGACAAGUAUGACUGUGACUGAGAAAACCUCUCUGACCCUGGAUCAUUUCUGGUGGCGCGUGGGCCAAGGUUCCCACAUUCAGCAAGCUCCACACCCAGCUGGAAAGCACGUCUGGGGGGAAGCCCUUAUACUAGACUCCCUUACACUGCAGGGCAGUUAUAGCAAGCCAAGGGCGGUGAACUCCAGCCCAUCUGGGGACGUUUGUGUGGAGUCCAGUCUGAAAGGCCUCCAGCUUGAGGUAUCAGAGACCUGCACUAUGUGUCUCUCGCGUCUGCUUUCUGUCCUAAAACUAAACAGGGGCGAGGACAUCUCCUUGCACUCCACUCUGGAAAAGCCACAGGCAUGCCCGCCUCCGCUCUUUAAAUUCAAACUCGGCCUUGAAGAUGUCAACGUCUUCACACUUUCUAAUGUUGCAGGGGCUGUAGCAGUAAGAGUCGAUACGGUGGGAGCUGAGGGAUCGGGUGAGAGCUCAUCCAUUUCUGUUCAGGGUGUUUCUCUGGCUGUGGUAAAAGCACUUACUGAGAGUUUGGAGCCCUGCUGCCAGGCCGCCCAAACACCCAACCCCAUACUGACCCUCACUGCUAUCAACUUUGCUUACCACAUCAGCACCCGUUGUCUGGAGGUUCAUAGCGAAAGUGCUCUAACAAUGCAAUGGACCCCAUCCGAUCACAUGUUCUUGUAUCAGCACGUUACUGAGAGCCAAAGCUAUUGGGAUACCUUAUCUGCUUCUCUAAAGCUACAACAGGAGGAUGGAAAACAGUCCGCAGGUUCUUCCACCAGCCUGUUGGUGUGUAUAGAGCUGGCAUGCACACGACUCACUGCCCAUGUGGCCGAGAAGAACUUCAUCAUCUUCAGUUCAGAAUCUCUGUCCAUCUCCAAAAGACCUGGAGCUGUGAUCAUGAAAAGUCCAUAUCUAGUCUUUAAUUUUGAUGGCAAUGACAUCUUUACCUUUACUGGAGCGGAGGUGCAGAUGCUGGACGACCUUGAGGAGAUGCAGCAGCACAGAAGUUCUUUCACGUUCCUCCAAACAACUCGAAAUCGUACCUGGCUUUUCUCAGCCCCUAGCCUUUCCAUCGAGUUCCCUUACCAGUACAACUUCUCAGAGACUUUCGACAAGGCCAUCGGUGUGCAGAAGUGGCUGAAGACCCUACACAGAGCUGCCAUCCCACCAUCAGAGCCACAGAGGUUACCUCCGGACGUCCUCGUCCGCAUCACCCAGUUCUCCUUUGUGUUCCUGGAUGACGUCUUCGAAAUCAAACUACGGGAUAAUUACGAGCUGAUGAAGGAUGAAAACAAGGAGAGCGCCAAGAGGCUGCUGUUGCUGGACAAGAAAGUGGCCGACCUGCGCAAGCAGCACGGCGAGCUGCUUCCCGCCCGUAAGAUCGAGGAGCUCUACACCUCCCUUGAACGCAAACAUAUUGAGAUCUACAUUCAGCGCUCCAAGCGUCUCUACGCCAAUACGCCCAUGCGGAAGUCCCUGCUUACCUGGACGGUGACAGAACUUGAACUGGUGGCUCUGGCGGAUCAGUCGCUGCACGGGCCGGAGCGGAUCCGGGAACAGCUGAGGGACAUUGAUGGCAUCAGCCCCUUUCCUAGAGACGGUCUACAGCUGGUGGUGCAGUGGUGUCGUGCUUUUAAAUUCAAACUUAAUGCAUAUCUGGUGCGGAUCCGGGACUACCCCCGGUACCUGUUUGAAAUCAGAGAUUGGGCGCUGUCGGGGCGACUGAUGGGCACCGAGCAGGACGGACAGCUAAGAGCGAAGCGCAAACAGAUCGUUCAGCUCGGCCAGCCGUGGGGUGACGUGACCGUUUACAGGAAUAUGCCUCCAUUAAAGUUCUACUAUGAUGUUCAUUCAAGCAUUUCCCUCUACACUAUUGUAUGGGGGCCAUGCUGGGAUCCUGCUUGGACACUGAUUGGCCAGGCUGUUGAUUUACUGACAAAGCCAACAGCUGACCCCUCCCCACAGCUGGCCUGGUGGGAUAAAAGUAGACUGCUUGGACAUGGACGUUGGGUCAUGGACAUAGACCAGGCCAACCUGCACCAGCUUGCUACUGAGGAUCCUUACAACACCACAGAGAACCUUCAUUGGGAGUGGAACAAGCUUAACUUUGACUGGAACCCUGGACAGUUUGUCUUCAAGGGUGACCUGGAUGUUAACGUUAGAACAGCAUCUAAGUAUGAUGAUAUCAUUUUCCUGCAUCUCCCAAACCUGUGUAUGACCCUUGACCUCCAAUGGCUGUGCCACGGCAAUCCACACGACCACCACGCCGUAAUGCUCUGCGCUGCCGAGAACGUUACGGAUGUCACGUCAGGACAGCCGCAUGACUCUUACAGGGCCUUCCGCUCUGAAAACCUCAAUCUCUCAAUCACCAUGGACCUCAACUGGCACAGGGAACCCUGUCAGCCCCGAAUCCUCCUCUACAGCAGCACACUGCGCUGGAUGCAGAACUUCUGGGCCACUUGGACCAACGUGUCCCGGCCAAUCUGCAGAGGCAAGCUCUUCCACAGUCUCAAACCCAACCGCAGGAAGCUCGGCCAGCACUACAAACAGAUGUCAUACACAGCAUCUUUUCCUCAACUACAGGUUCUUUACUGGGCUUCUUUUGCUCAGCAGAGAGGUAUUCAGGUCGAGUGCAGUAAUGGUCACGUCUUCACCAGAGGAGCACAAAGACUCAUUCCACAGGCUGGUACUGUGAUGAGGCGGCUGAUCUCUGAGUGGAACGUCACUCAGAUGGUCAGCGAGCUCUCUCUGGUCACCGUCCACCUCAUGGCAUCCACGUGGGACGAGACGGCUGACCAUCAGACCAACGCCCAGGUGAAGAAGACCCACCUGCUCAGCCUGUCUUCACUAAGCUACCAAAGACAGAGUCAACGAAUAGAGGAGGAGCUGAGCUCCAAAGACGAGGGCAAUGCUUCAUACACACACAAGCUGUGUUUAGUGGACCUGCGAGCCUCCUGGACCACCACCAACAGGAACAUCGCUUUCGGGUUGUACGAUGGCUACAAAAAAGCAUCCGUCUUGAAGAGGAACCUGUCCACUGAGGCUCUGAAGGGUCUACGGAUCGACACCCAGGCACAGACGAAAAAGCUAAAGCGAUCCAUGUCUAACUAUUCACCAAACACCGCUCCAGCUACACCAGUUGUCCCCACUGCCACCCGCCCAGAAAAGAGUCAGAAUGAAGGGACGUCAAUGUUACAGAAGUUGAUCGAGGAGACGGAUAAGUUCGUAGUGUUCUCAGAAGAAGAUGCAGGUGUGUGCGAUCAGCUCUGUGGAAUCGCCGCAUGCCAGACGGAUGACGUCUACAACCGCAACUGCUUCAUAGAGCUAGUCAACGGACAGAUGAUGCUGCGUGGCACGGAGACUGCAGGCUGUGUGUUGGUAUCUGCCGCUAAGGCUCAGCUACUGCAGUGUGAGCAUCAUCCCGCUUGGUACAACGACACCCUCAAGCAGAAGACCACCUGGACCUGCCUACUGGAUGGCAUGCAGUACUUUGCCACCAUGGAGCAAAAUCCCUCAGAACAGGAAGACUGGCAGCUGUGGCUGGAGGUGAAGAACAUUGAGGAGCACAGGCAGAGGAACCUGGAUUCGGUACAAGAGCUGAUGGAGAGCGGUCAAGCUGUUGGAGGCAUGGUCAGCACUACCACAGACUGGAACCAGCCGUCCCAAGUGCAAGAGACUCAGCAAGUCCAGCGUAUCAUCUCUCGGUGUAGCUGUCGUAUGUAUUACAUCGGCUACAGUCACGACAUUGACCCUGAGCUGGCCACAUCCAUUAAACCUCCCGAAACACGGGAUUGCCAUGAGAAAGAAGACUUACUGAAGAAACAGGCUGGAGCUGUAGACACCUUCACUCUCAUCCACAACGACCUGGAGAUUUCCACUAAUCCAGUGCAGUACUCCAUGAUCUUGGAUAUAGUCAAUAACCUGCUACUCCACGUGGAACCCAGACGCAAGGAACACAGUGAAAGAAAGCAACGUGUGCGAUUCCAGCUGGAGAUCUCCAGUAAUCCUGAGGAGCAGCGUAGCAGUAUUUUGCACCUCCAGGAGGCAGUACGACAGCAUUUGGCUCAGAUCCGAUGUCUGGAGAAACAGAUCUACUCCAACAUGAGGUCCCAGACAGAAGAGUGCAGAGGAGAUGAGUUAUCUGAUAUCAACCUACGUCUGCAGAACCAGCUCAACCAAGAGAAGACAGACAUGCAGAUGAAGAGCGAAGAGCUUAACAUUCUCAUCCGGUGUUUUAAGGACUUCCAACUACAAAGGGCAAACAAGCUGGAGCUGCGGAAACCGCCGGAGGAUGUUAGCGUGGUGCGUCGUACCGAGAUCUACUUCGCUCAGGCCCGCUGGUGUCUCACAGAAGAAGAUGGACAGUUGGGCAUAGCUGAGCUCGAACUACAGAGGUUCAUGUAUGGCAAGUUAAAUAAGUCUGAUGACACAGCAGAACAUCUCCUGGAAUUGGGCUGGUUCACCAUGAAUAACCUGCUACCCAAUGCUGCUUACAAGGUGGUUUUGCGUCCUCAAAGCCCCUGCCAAUCAGGACGCCAGCUUGCACUGCGCAUCUUUAGUAAGGUCCGCCCCCCGGUAGGCGGGAUUUCUGUCAAAGAACACUUUGAGGUUAAUGUGGUUCCACUCACCAUUCAGCUCAUGUACCAAUUCUUUAAAAGGAUGAUGGGAUUUUUCUUUCCUGGAAGAAAUGUGGAAGAAGAGGAAGUUGGGGAUGAGGAAGAUAAGUUCAGACUGGUUACUACAGGCGUGGUGAAACCCAGACAGCUCUCUGAAGACUCCAUAGGUGGACUUGGGCCUGGUAAAGGGGUCACACAAGGGUUAAAUCGAACAGCUGGAGUCAGGAGGUCAUUUCGAAAACCACCUGAGCAUCCAGUUGAUGACAUUGACAAGAUGAAGGAAAGAGCAGCCAUGAACAACUCCUUCAUCUACAUCAAGAUUCCUCAGGUUCCCCUAUGUGUCAGCUAUAAGGGUGAGAAAAGCAGUGUGGACUGGAAGGAUCUGAACCUGGUUCUGCCCUGUUUGGAGUAUCAUAACAACACUUGGACCUGGCUGGACUUUGCCAUGGCUGUGAAGAGAGACAGUCGUAAAGCUCUGGUUGCACAGGUGAUAAAGGAGAAACUACGGUUGAAACCGGCCUCAGGCUCAGAGUCUCGAGGUAAACCCACAGAUGGUAAAGCAGACAGCAGCGUCCAGCAGCAGGUGGAGGAUGAGAAGGCCCGACUUUUGAUCGGUCUCAGCACGGCAGACAAGAGCUCGACCAAAAAGAGCAUCUUCAGUCGGCGCAAGUGAGCGGACCACGAUAAGUGACUCACGUCCACGUCACCACCAGUGGUGCCUUCGAACGUCCAUGCUGGAUGUGGACGGGCAAACCAGCACUGUACACAAGCCACGGCUCCAGGCGCUGGUCCUCCUAUGGGAUAAGAUUGUCAUUCUACUGUCUGAAAUGAGUGCUGUAUACCUUGCUUUGUGUGUUUAUGUGCUUCCGUUGUGCCAUAACUCAUUUCAAUGUAUUCAAAUGCACUACAUACACAUUUAUCAAGUAAGAUAACAGCUUAAGUUAAAUGGUGUGUCUC